CAUUAGUUUGUGUUUGUUGUUGUAGUUACCAGUACCCCUCCAUGGAGACCAUAGCAGAGAUGAUCCCAGCUGUGCUUCAGUUUUUCAACUUCCGUACCGUAAUUGGCGUGGGUGUGGGAGCGGGAGCGUACAUCCUCUCCAAGUUCACCCUUGCAAACCCUGAUUCAGUAGAGGGUCUGGUUCUGGUCAACAUCGACACCAACGCCCGGGGAUGGCUGGACUGGGCCGCUCAGAAGCUCAGCUCUGUGACGUCCUCCCUCACAGAGCAGAUCAUGACUCACCUUUUCAGUCAGGAGGAGCUGUCAGCAAACACAGAUAUAGUGCAGUUUCACAGAGAGCAAGUCUCUAAAGCUCCAAAUCUGAUCAACAUAGAGCUGUUCUGGAAGACGUACAACAGCCGCAGAGACCUGAACCUCGACCGCAACUGUACUUUCAAGUGUCCAGUGAUGUUGGUGGUGGGAGAUCAAGCUCCAUAUGAGGAUGCUGCUGUGGAGUGCAACAGCAAACUGGACCCCACAACGACCUCGUUCCUCAAGAUGGCCGAUGCUGGUGGUCUUCCCCAGCUGACUCAGCCUGCUAAACUGACUGAGGCUUUCAAGUAUUUCAUCCAAGGCAUGGGCUACAUGGCAUCUUCUUGUAUGACCCGUCUGUCUCGCUCCCGCACCACCUCCCUGUCCUCCUCCUACUCCAUGGAUGGGUCCCGCUCUCGCUCCCGUACCCUGUCCCAGGGCUCGCAGGGGGGCCAGAUGCCGCCCAGCCCCUCCCAAACCAUGGAGGUGUCUUGCUGAAGAAAACAAAACAGUGUAGACAGAGAGAGAGAGCGAGAGUGGGAAAGAUAGGAAGGUGAAAGCAGAACGAGUGGAAAGGUGAAGCAUGACGAUAAUGCAGGAACAAGACAAAUUUCAUUCGUAAUUGUCACGAAACAACUCCCGUCAUUCCCAACAAGAGCAGAAUAGGAAUAGAGGCAGACAGAGAGAGAGAGGGAGGGUGACAGAUAAAUGGAGGGAUUUCAGUGUAAAGAAAGUACUCCAUAUUUUGCACCACAUCCAAGUCCGAUCCUUCUCUUUACGUCCUCAGAUGAAAAAGAAGUAGACCCGGCUGUUGAGCAGCGAAUCAUAGAAGCACAGAGAGAUUGAUGUUUUGUUGUUUUUUUAAAAAGAAGAAGGGGAAGAGUGAUAACCAGUCCUCUCUCCAUCCCUCUAUUGGAGCCUCUGCCAGCCAAUAGAGCCCUUUAAUUUAGACACAGGGAGCGGCCGUAGAAGCUGCGCACCUCGUAAACUAGUAGUGAUAAUUCUAAAAAAAAAAGAAAAAUCAAACAAAAAAAGGUAUUGUUGUUGAUGCUGAUAAACAUGUUGUUGAUUAUAUUAAAGCUAAUAAUGAUUAUAAUGUAUUAGAAAAAAAAACUGUAACACUUUUUUUUCUUUAUUACGUUAAUAAGAUAAAAAAAAACAUGCUAGUUCAGAUAUUUAAAAAAAUGUAUGUCUACUACUUUUCAAGCUACUUUUUAUUAUUUUGUUUUUCUUGAAUCUUUUAUUUUCUAAGUUAUAAUCCGUCUCAACAAGUAGUGAAAAAUGCUGACUGAUGGAUGUGUGGAGCCAAUGAGAGCCAUUGUAGUGACGACACUUCAUCCUUGAUGUUGCCAGGUUGUUUACGUCUUCCAUUCGCCCUCGUCUAGAAGUCAGUGUUUUGGAUUUGAGGAGGCGGGCAGGAAGACUUUUUUUGAUUCUUCUGGACUUGGAAUUAGCAUGCUUGGAAUCGGCCCCAUGUGAAUAUUGACUGGAUAAUGUUUUUCUUUCAUGCACUGCUCAUGAGUUGUGUGAAUUGGUGUGGGUGUGGAUGUCUGUGCUGUUGAAAUGGAGAAAUGAUGGUCUGAAGGUCAGCACUGGUGAAACUGAGGGGGGUGUUUGUGCGCUUUAACCCGUCAACAUACUCUUACUAGCAUUAGCCGGACAUCAAAUAGUGCUUCCAAUGUCGCCGCUGUCUCGCACCGCGUAUGGCAGCACCCCCGCCCCGCCUGUGUGGCUAUUGCACUUCAAUGUUAGAUGAAGACAGAAGGGAUCACUGUGUUCAACAUCUUGGUUGUCAUUUGUACGUCUUGCCCGCGCACACAUACCUCCGAGCAAACCCAGCUAGCAUACUUGAGUUCACGUGGGCCGUGAGGUGCAACGAACACACACUCCUCUCCACCAAGCAGCAACUUCACGACAACUGUAGUUUGCAUGCGAUCGUGUGAAUGCGCAAGGAAGUAAAUGGGAGGUGAAUGGGAGCGCUUGUAUCCAGUACGCCUAGUUAAUGCAGCGAGGAGCAGGGAGAACGGGCAGGGUCACAGGGAAAGUAUAGUAGUCAUUUCUGAGACAGACCCUCGAAAUCGCCUUGUGACUUCGCAGCGACAAUGAACCAGCCCCUGCACUGCCACCAUAGUCAAAAAAGAAUACAUACUGUAACUGAAGAUAUAAAACAGUGUUUGAGCUGCCAGCUUAUCAACCUGCACCCAAUAAGCGUCUCCAUACUGCCAAAGUUAAUCAAACGUUGCCAUUAGAAACUAAAUGUGCAUUUUUGUGACGGUAUUUACAAUGUCUCAGUGAAUCUAAUCUGCCCUCUAAAUUGCUGAUAUUUCCACAAAAAGCUUAUCACUGCCCUGUGAUGUGCAGCCAUAGACUGACUGGACUUGUAAAUGAACUUUUCACAUUUUUAGCGUGUUCUUGUAGAUUUAAAUUUUUCAUGAGAAAAAAAAAAAAUUAUAAAAGGUGUUGGUCAUUUCUUGCACAUGCAAUUAAUUAAUUACGUAAUUAAUUGCAUUAAUUAUAGAAAAUAUUCAACAGCAGUUUGUUUUGGUCCAGUUAGGGUGACAGAUCUUUUCUAAACAAUGAUGAAAUUCUUCAAAAGUUGCAUGAAAGCUUCUGAAACAAGCAGAAAAAGGAACUUACAACCGCACACAUGCAAACUUUCCCACUUUUUUUUCUCUUUUUUUGAGUUUGAUUAGAAUGACAGGAAAGUCAGUGGAGGGUCUCAGAUCUGAGCUUGAAGAUGGCGAUGUCAUCUCGCUGCCAGCAGCAGCAGUUUGUUAAAAGCCACUUCCCUCUGAAAACGUCCAAGUGCAAUGCACUGAGCGUGUUGAGGCGGUGACAGCCGUUGCUCGUGUUGCAGAAGACCCAAACCCUGAAGACUGGAUGCUUUGUGGUGUGAGUGUAAACUGUGACAUUGAAUCAAGAUGUUCACGUUCAAGUCAUUCAUUUAUCAGGCAAGUCCGGCAUGUCAAAGACUGAAAUAAAAAUCAGGACAGUCAGGGCAGAGAUGGGAUCAUCUACCAGAAACAAGAUUACAGACGGAACCUUGAAAAUGAAAGCGAGUCAAUAAUGAAAACAGAUUGGUACUCCUUUCUGGAGUGUUAGCAGCCAUGUGUGGGUUUAAAUGGUCCAUUUUGUCUUUUGGUUGUCUCUUUUUUCCUUUCCCUUAUACAUUUUAAGACUUUUUCUUCUUCUUUUUUUUCUAAUCUAUGUGAAGUGUUAGUUUAAUGUCCCGAUGUGCUCACAAGUUAGUUAACCGUGUGAUAGUUCUUGUGCAACUUUUUUAGCAUUAGCGCUUAUAAUGGAAGAGUAAUAUAAUUAAUGAGUAAAAAGAUUCAAAGUAAAGACAAACAAAUUUACUUGUGUGGCUAAUUUCUCUGUGUAACACAAUGAACAUCCUGAAAAAGCUAAUUUAAAUAUGAAUUAAAGCUUAAGAGGAA